AGCUCUAGUUGAUAUAAGUUAAUUAGACCAAAACAUGAAAACAACAAAAAAACACCCGCGCGGAGCGUGUGCUUCGGACUGCUUCCGUACGGCAAAACGCCACAGCGCCCAUACUUCCGGUGCGUGUGUGUGCCUGGCACCGCCUGCUCCGAUGCGUCAGAUGGCUACGCUAUAACGUACAGUACAACCGAAUAACUUCAAAACAGAUUUCUUUAAUUUGGAAGCCUUUUUUUAAAAAAUAGUUAAAAUAGGUGUUAUCCACGUUCGCUUGCAAGUUUUCUGUUAUUUGUUUCAUUUUGCAAGUGAAUGAUUCUGAGGUCCUGCUUUGUGUGAACGAUUAACGAACAACUGGCUCAAGUCUGACAGACGCAUCGGAAAGUUAAUGCAGUUAAUUCUUUUUGGAGGGGUUCGAGCCAUCGAGGCGACUGGCACGGCGCGGUUUGGUUCCUUCGCUUGUUAUGCAUUUUAUUAUAAUUGUGUUUUCAUUGGAUAUCAUGAGCUAACAGAGAUUUUGGAAUCAAGUGUUGUUUCGCAAAAUUAGCUGACGCGUCGCGCGGUGGAUGUGUUACAGCGAAUGGUUUCUCGAAAUUUGAUGCUGCACUGUCUCUUGCUGGAUUGUGGCAUUGUCACAUUGUGCAUCCUUUAUUUUGCAUUUCCUCGCCUCUGAAAUGGCACAGUAUUCCGGAAAUCCUUCGACGCGUACCAUAAGAUUGUUAUUAGUGGGGGACCAAUACGUGGGGAAGACGUCUCUGAUUCUGUCGCUCGUUAGUGAACAGUUUCCGUAUUCAGUUCCACCCCGCACGCAGCCGAUAACGAUCCCUCCCGAUGUUACUCCGGAGAAAGUAGCCACUAUUCUCGUUGAUACCUCUUUUCGGGAACAAACGGAAAAUGAUAUUUCUAGUGAAGUUUGUCGGGCUGAUGUCGUCUGCUUGGUGUACUCAUUGGUGGACGAUGAAAGCUUUAAUCGGAUUGCCUCCUACUGGUUGCCGAAAAUACGAGAACGACUGGGCGAUGGACACAAAACGCCAGUUAUUCUAGUCGGCAACAAGAGCGACGAGCGCUUCGAGCAUGGGGACCAUGAGAGCGGGCUGAACCGGGUAGUACCAGUCAUGGCAAAAUUUAAGGAAAUUGAUACGAGCAUUGAGUGUUCUGCCAAAACAAUGAAAAACUUAGCCGAGCUGUUUUUCUACGCUCAGAAAGCCGUCCUGUUUCCACAUGCCCCUUUAUUUAACUCUGUUGACCAGAUGCUCACGGAAAAAUGUGUUGCCGCAUUGACACGGAUUUUUAAGAUUUGUGAUAUGGAUAAUGAUGGAGUUUGGAACGAAGAAGAAAUGCAAGAAUUUCAGGAGCGAUGCUAUAACACACCAUUGCUGCCGCAAGCCAUGGAAGAAGUGCGCACCUGUAUUGCCCGACAACUGCCUCAGGGAGUGCAGGAAAACGGCAUAACAUUGGAUGGUUAUUUAUACUUGAAUCAGAUGUUUAUUCAUCGUGGCCGUCAGGAAGCGACAUGGACGGUCUUGCGAAAAUUUGGUUACGACGACGAUCUGGAUUUAUCGGAACCGUAUCGAUCAUUGCCGAAAUUAAGCCCGGGAAUGCACAGGGCAGAAAUCUCCACUCAAGGAACCCACUAUUUAUUAUGCUUAUUCUCUAAGUAUGACAAGGAUCAGGAUGACCUGUUGUCGGAGUUCGAAUUCCAAAACCUGUUAAGUGUUUCACACAAACGACUAAUUGGCCAGGAUUGGUAUCACAGCGUGGAAACCAGCAUUGAAAACGGUGCAAAACGAUUUGCUUUGACGAGACGAGGUUUCAUUUCGCUUUUUCAAUUGACGGCGUAUUUUAAUCCUGCGUAUACUGCGGAUGUGUUCGCCCACUUCGGAUACACUUAUCAGAUGGCUGAACCUGAUUUGAGUAGUGCCUUUGAUAUUCAGCGAGAUGCCACUGCAGAGAGUCGCGCUACAGCACGGGAUGUUAGUCCCAAAGUUGUGUUAUGCAAUGUGAUAGGGAGCAGAGGAGCUGGCAAGACAUCGUUUAUGCAAGGAUUUCUUGGUCGAAAUUUGGAGUUUCAGAGCUUGUUCAGAGAUCAAAUCGAUACCCAGUCGCCGCUGCACGUGAUCAAUCAAAUCUCCGUUUACAAUAACUUAAAAUUUUUGAUAUUGCGCCGAACUCGAGAAUACAAUUUGGAUCCUAGAGAAAUGAAAAGCGAUGUUAACUGCUUUUUGUUUGAUGCUUCCAGUCGUGAAUCCUGGGAGUAUGUCAAGAAGUAUUUCGAGCGGUAUCAAAUGCAUUUCGGGAAUCGUUCGAAACCUAGUCUUUUUGUCGCUGCGAAGACGGAUUUGAUGGAUGCGGAAAGUUCUCUCAUGGAAGAAGUGAAGAAAUUCUGCUCUGAGAAAAAAUUGCAGCCUCCCCGUACAAUAUCUGUUAACAUGAUAACUAUUCCGCAAGAUAUUUACCUUGAACUUGCCACACUUGCUGUUUACAAAGGCGCCAAAAGCACAUUUAUUGUGCCACACUAUGGAAGGAACCAGAGAGGAGGAUGGUUCGGGAACUUCGGGCAAGGACUUGCGAAUCUUUGCAGAUAUCUCGUCCAUAACAGAGAGGGCGUCGCAGGAUUGGUUAUUAUUGUCGGCGCGGCGGCAGCAUUUGGAUUUAUUUAUGUUAGACAGAGAAAGUUGGCUACUUUCGUAUCUUUUAAACAAAUGCUGAUGUAAACCAACGAUGGUUGCAGGAAUUUAGUAUUUGUUACUGUACUUAAUAACGGACUGCCUUUAUAUUGUUGCCUGUCCCUCAUCUAUUAAAUGAGUGAAAGGUCAUUUUAGCACAACAAAUUGUGCAAACGAUUUGCAGUUUUGUGUAGGCGGUAGGCAGUGGACGUUUUAACUUGCAGUGAAAUAAAGCAUGAAUGAUUCGAAUAAAUUUUAGCUGAGCAAAUAUACACUGAUGUUUACG